GAAUCGGGUUGGUAACAUUUUGUCAGUAACACAGCGACAUAUCUUGUUCCCAGGUUCCCAGAGUGCGAUCCAAGUCCCGACUUGUCAACCCUUUUCAGAAAAAAUAAGAGACCGUGGCGUCAGUUCAUUAACGAAACGUGUGUACCAAAAUCUGAUUGCAAGAUGGCUCCAAGAUCAAUAUUCCUGGACAUUGUUGUCAGGUCGACUGGAACUUCUGACUUCUGCAGUCAGGCCGGCAAGUAAAAAAGCAGAUGCAGAUGAUAUUUGCGAUGGAAGAUUACUACAAGAGUCAAGCACUUAACGAUGCGGAUAAUAACAAGAUAACGGAGAAUACGUACAAAAGCUAUACGCAGAUAUGGGGGCAGGAGGCAACUCUCGAGAAAGACGUUGAGGGGUAAAUUAGCGCUUUUGGGCUGAGCUAGAAAAUUUGUCAUUUUUAUUGAAAUUGGUUCUAGCUCUGAGCUCUGCUUGGCCACUAUAUAGCGGAUCACUGGCAGUGGAUUGAACACACUCAACUAAAAUGUAUAUCAGCUCGCGGAAAUCGCAGUCAUGGU